AUGGCGCCCAAGAAGAAAGGUGGUAAAAAACAGGCCGAUGACUGGGAAGCCGAUCUAGGUGAGACGGUUGAUCCCAUCGCUCAGGCAACGGAAGAUGCAAAGCAGGCAGAACAGAUUGGAGAGGCAGGCGAUGGUGAGGUGAACGGUGCCGCUGGAGGCCUUCUGGCCGCAUUACGAAAGAACAAGGACAAGCGCGCGAAAAAGGGCAAGCCCGUCUUAAAUGAUUUCGUCGACGGCGAGGAUCCCGACGGUGCUGCACCGACCCCACUCUUCGCCGACCUUGAUUCCAAAGCACCGGCCGAAGCAACUUUCGACGAUGAAGAGGAUGUCUUCGCUGGAAAUUCCAAGAAAGAUAAAGGUGGAAAGAAGCAACCGGAGAAGGCUGCGGAGGCCGAUGAUGACGAAGACAACGCAGGUGGCGGUCUAAAGUCGAAGAAGGAAAAGGAGCGUGAGAAGAAAGAGCGUGAGAAGCAGAGGAAGAAGGAACAGGCUGCUAAAAAGAAACCCGCCGCACCUGCUGCUCCAGCUGUCCCUCCGGGCGCGAAAGCAGAAUCUGCGAAGCCUGCUGCGGAAGAAAAGACCCCGACUCCAGCUGCUCCGGAAAAGGAAGAUAAAAGUGGCAAGAAGAAGAAAGUCCCCGCCCACCUUGCUGCGAUCCAGAAACAACAAGAGGCCUUGGCCAGACAAAGAGAAGAAUCUGCCAGGCUCGCCGCAGAAGAGAAGGCUGUUGAAGACGAACGACUACGGUUGGAGGCUGAGGAGGAAGCUAAGAAGGCCGAGGCUCGACAACGGAAGAAGGAACGGGAGAGGGAAAAGAAGGAGCAACUUCGCAAGGAGGGCAAAUUGCUAUCUGAAGCCGAUAGGAAGAAAAAGCAGCAAGCUGAGAUCCGGAUGAAGCAAUUGCUGGAAUCAGGUGUCAAAGUUGCUGGCCUCGAGGGAGAUGCUGAGGAGAAGAAGAAGCCUGCUGCUAAGGACAGCAGAAAGCGAAAAGGACCGAAGAAAGAAGAGGUUGACCUUGAAGCUGCCGCUGAGAAAGCUCGACUCGAGGCUGAAGCUGCCGCAACAGAACGACAGCGGCUGGCCAAGGAAGCUGAAGCUGUGGCCGCCGCCGCCGCCGAGGCAGAGAAAGAAGAGGAAUCUUCUGGCGUUGACGAUUGGGAGAAGGCCGCAGAAGACGACGUCAAGGAGAGCUGGGAUGCUGAUUCGGAUGAAGAGGCGAAGGCGAAGGCGGCGGCCAAUGGCACUGCCACAGCUGCUGUUGGCCAAGAUUCAAUGUCCAAGUCUAGAGGUGAAUCGGACAGCGACUCAGACGACUCUUCAUCGGAAGAAGAGGGUACGGUCACCCAGCGAGCACUUGCCAAGAAGAAAGCCGAAGCAGCCGCUCGACGACAAAAGGCGCAUGAAGAAGCACUUGCCGCUCGGUCCAAAGACAAUCUACGAUCGCCCAUUUGUUGUAUUCUAGGCCACGUCGAUACUGGCAAGACCAAGCUCCUCGACAAGAUCCGACAGACCAAUGUUCAGGAAGGUGAAGCGGGUGGUAUCACGCAGCAGAUCGGUGCGACUUAUUUCCCCCUUGACGCCUUGCAACAGAAGACGGCCGUCGUGAACCGAGAUGGCAAGUUCGAAUUUAAGGUCCCUGGUCUUCUGGUCAUUGAUACACCUGGCCACGAGUCUUUCUCCAACCUCCGAUCUCGUGGCUCUUCGCUGUGCAACAUCGCGAUCCUAGUGGUCGAUAUCAUGCACGGGCUGGAACCGCAGACCUUGGAAUCAAUGAAGCUUCUCAAAGAUCGCAAGACGCCGUUUAUUGUGGCACUCAACAAGAUCGAUCGGUUGUACGGGUGGAAGAAGAUCGAUAACAAUGGCUUCCAAGACAGUUUGGCGUUCCAGAACAAAGCUGUGCAAAAUGAAUUUCGAGAUCGACUUGAAAAGACCAAGCUCGCGUUCUCCGAGCAGGGCUUCAAUGCCGAGCUCUUCUAUGAGAAUAAAGAUAUGCGACGGUUCGUCUCUCUGGUGCCGACGUCAGCGCAUACCGGCGAGGGUAUCCCAGAUAUGCUGAAGCUGCUGGUUUCCUUGACGCAAGAACGUAUGACGACCAGCCUGAUGUACUUGUCUGAAGUCGAGUGUACCGUUCUCGAGGUCAAGGUCAUCGAGGGGUUGGGCACGACGAUCGAUGUCAUUAUCUCGAACGGUGUACUCCAUGAAGGCGACCGGAUUGUCCUCUGUGGUCUCAACGGCCCCAUCGCCACCAACAUCCGAGCGCUUCUAACUCCCGCACCGCUCAAAGAACUCCGUCUCAAGUCACAGUACGUGCACAACAAGGAAGCCAAGGCUGCGCUGGGGGUCAAGAUCGCGGCCAACGAUCUAGAAGGGGCCAUCGCUGGGUCGCGUCUACUUGUUGUUGGACCGGAGGAUGAUGAGGAGGACUUGGAAGAUGAAGUGAUGGGUGAUCUACAACAGUUACUUAGCAAAGUGUCCAAGGACAACCGUGGCGUCAGUGUACAAGCAUCGACUUUGGGCUCAUUAGAAGCCCUUCUGGAAUUCUUGAAGGUUUCCAAGAUUCCGGUGGCCAACAUUUCGAUUGGGCCAGUGUACAAGAGAGAUGUGAUGAUGGCGGGCACGAUGUUGGAGAAGGCCAAGCAAUUUGCGGUGAUGCUGUGCUUCGAUGUCAAGGUUGACAAGGAGGCACAACAGUACGCCGACGAGAAUGGCAUCAAGAUCUUCACGGCGGAUAUCAUCUACCACCUUUUCGACGAUUUCACCGCACACAUGGACGCGAUCAAAGAACAAAAGAAAGAAGAGAGCAAGCUCAAUGCUGUGUUCCCCUGUGUGUUGUCCCCGAUACAAGUGUUCAACAAGAAAGACCCCAUCGUGAUUGGAGUAGAUGUGAUUGAAGGCAAUCUGCGUCCACUGACCCCGAUCGCGGUGGUCAAGACUAACUCUGUCACGGGAGUCAAGGAAAUCAUCAGCUUGGGCAGAGUGACAUCCAUUGAGCGCGAGCACAAGGCGAUUCCGAUUUGCAAGAAGGGCCAACCCUCGGUAGCAGUCAAGAUUGAAGGCCCGAACCAGCCCAUGUACGGUCGACAGCUCGAGGACAAGGACACGUUGUAUUCAAUGAUUUCACGGCAAUCGAUUGAUACGCUCAAAGAGUUCUACCGAGACGAUAUGACGACCCCAGAGUGGGCAUUGAUUAAGAAGCUCAAGCCUCUCUUCGACAUUCCGUAG